AUGGUUCCGCCCAGUGAGCGUGGCCCUGGAGAGGAAGAAGUCCCCCAUGUGCGCACGUAUUUCUACGCCGGGGGGGAGUAUGUGGAGGAUGGCAAAGGCAACCAUUUCCUGCACAACCAGAUGUACGUGGAGAAGCUGGUGCCUGCCCGGGGGGUGACACAGGCGUGGCCGAUCGUGUUGAUGCACGGCAACUGCAUGACUGGAGCGAACUUCCUCAACAAGCCCGACGGCGGGCGUGGCUGGGCAUCCAACUUCCUGGAGCAAGGGUACGAGGUCUACAUCCCGGACCAGCCGCUUCGCGCCCGCUCGGCAUGGCAUCCCGGCGACGGGGUGCCCUCGCCGGCGGCGUAUCCUGCCGAACUCCUGCAGGACCGGUUCACGGCGCCCCGGGUGUCAAGGCAGUGGCCGCAGGCUGCGAGGCACACGCAGUGGCCGGGGACGGGCAUGAUGGGCGACGCCGUGUUCGACGCCCUCUACGCCUCCACGGUGCAGUUCGUCAGCAACGAGGCGUGCCAGCAAGCGGCUGCGCAGAGGGCGGGCGCGGCGCUGCUGGACAGGAUCGGCAGACCGGCCGUCCUGCUCGGCCACAGCCAGGCGGGCGCGUAUCCGCCGCUGAUUGCCGACGCGCGGCCGCACCUCGUCCGGUCCAUGGUCCUCCUAGAGCCAAGGGGGCCGCCGUUCCAGGAGGCCGUGUUCAGUCGGAGGAGGUCCAAGCUGUGGGGGAUCUGGGACACGCCCAUGACAUACGAGCCCGCCGUGGGCGAUCCGGACAGGGACCUUGUCAAGGUCACGCACGCGCCAGUCUCGCCGGGGCUGGCGGAGCGCGUGCUGCAGGCGGAGGAUCCGCCGCCGAGGAAGCUGAAGAACUUGGUGCACAAGCCGAUGCUGGUGGUGACGGCCGAGGCGUCGUACCAUGCCGUGUAUGACUACUGCACCGUCGAGUUCCUGCGGCAGGCGGGUUGUGACAAGGUUGAGCAUCUGGAGCUGGCCGGCAUUGGGAUCCUCGGGAACGGGCACAUGAUGUUUCUGGAGAAGAACAGUGGCGAGAUUCAGGGAGCUGUUGAGCAGUGGAUUCAAAAAGCGGUGAAAUAG